AUGGAAGAAGCAGCUGGUGCAGGUUCCAACAAAGCUAGCAAGGACCACGUGACAACGAAUCCUCAAGGUGCAACAAUAAGGCGAGGAGCUAAGUCACAUUGUAGAUUUGAACGAACUUGGACAGGUCCAUUAGAAGGUCAAGUUGACAAGUCCAUUGCUUCUAUGUACAAGAAACUGCAAAAGAAUUUGACCUCAGAGGAACUGUUACCCUCCUUAUGGGACAAAUGCAAGAAGGAGUUUCUUGAUAAGUACGAAAGUUUUGCCCAACUUGUGGCUAAGAUUUACCCUACGGAGACUAUCCCAUCUGUUGCAGAGAUGAGAGACCUUUUAGCUUCCAUGUAG